AUGACGCCGGCAGCUUCAGCUGCCAAUGGAGUUCAGCGGUCUGUCUCGACCAACUCAGCAAUCACCAAUACCCACGCCACACCUGAACCCGCAUCGCCCGCUCUCGGCUCUCGGCCCAAACCCUCUUCCAUUCACUCCACGGACGGAGAGAAGCACAGAUUUACCCUGAAGGAUCUCCUUGCCAACGGUCCGAAGUUGGCUCGGAAAUCUUCUCAACGCUCAACGGGUAGCAGGAGUAGCAGGAAAUCUGAUGGAGGUGAAAGCGAUGGAGGUGGGUACAAGAGUGGAGGUGGGGCAAAGUCUACUGCAGGAGAUAGUACUACCAGCUUGUCGAAGAAAUACGGUGUCUGCCAGAAAGUCGCUAUCGGAAAGGGAGCUACUUCCGUUGUACGACUGGCUCACAAGUGGGACCGCAGUGAAGAGAGACUAUACGCUGUCAAGGAAUUCCGGAAACGUCGUAAAAACGAAACUGAAAAAGAGUACGUGAAGAAGCUCACAGCCGAGUUUUGUAUAUCAUCUACGCUGCAUCAUACCAACAUCGUCGAGACUGUUGAUUUGGUACAAGACGAGAGUCAGCAUUGGUGCGAGGUGAUGGAGUUCUGCCCUGGUGGUGAUCUGUAUGCUGCAAUUAAGAAAGGUGGCAUGUCGCCUAGCGAGGUUGAAUGCUGCUUCAAGCAGAUCCUCUGUGGCGUGGAGUAUUUGCACAGUCAAGGUGUUGCUCAUCGUGACAUUAAGCCUGAAAACUUGUUUUUCGAUACUAAGGGUCACCUGAAGAUUGGUGACUAUGGUGCCUCUACAGUAUACCGACUGCCUUGGGAGGCCACGAUUCACAUGUCUACUGGUCUCUGUGGUAGUGAGCCUUACAUUGCGCCAGAGCAAUUCUUAGGCAAACCGUACGAUGCGCGCUUAGUCGACAUCUGGGCAUGCGGUGUCGUUUACUAUUGCCUUCAUUUCUCCGAGCUUCCAUGGCGAGCAGCGCAGCAAAGCGAUCAGCUCUUUGCUUCUUAUGCGGAAGCUUGCAAGUCACCUCAACCGUCUCAGUCGGCGUGUCCGCCCACCAUUAACAACCUUUCUCCGAGAGCGUGCAGAACAUUAUUACGACGAAUGCUAGAGCCAGAUCCUAAACUCCGUGCACCCAUCGAAGAAGUCAUGAAACAUCAAUGGAUACAUUCUAUCGAAGUGUGCCAUGAGGUCCCAGAACCAAAACACGUUCAUGUACAUGCCAGACAGCUGGCUCGAGCGCAGCUGAAGGAAUUAAGAGAUGAUUGA